AGCGCACGCGCGGUCGCGGCGGGACUUCCGUUGUCCUCCUCGUGUCGGUCGUUUUGGCAUUUGUCUGGACUGUUUACUUGCUAGAAAGCCCCGGAGCGCUGGGUCAGCAUCAUCCGUGACUGACUGAGAAGGCGCGAGAGGAGUCUUCCCCGCUGCACAGAGGCGUGGCUGAGGCUCGGCGGCGCCUGGGGUACCCCGGCCCGGCCCGGAAUAAGGACCUCCUCUCUGGCCCCUCUCCGCCCACAGAGUCAGAUGGCGGCGGCCGAGCUGACGGCCCCGGCCCGGGGCAUUGUGACCUUUGAGGACGUGGCUGUGUACUUCUCCUGGAAGGAAUGGGGUCUUCUUGAUGAGGCUCAGAAAUGCCUGUACCACGAUGUGAUGCUGGAGAACUUGGCACUUACAACCUCCCUGGGUGGUUGUGGAGCAGGGGAUGAGGAGGCACCUUAUCAGCAGAGCACUUCUCCACAGCGGGUGUCACAGGUUAGGAUUCCUAACACCCUUCCUUAUCCCCAGAAGACCAACCCCUGUGAGAUAUGUGGCCCAGUCUUGAGAGAGAUUUUGCACUUGGUUGAGCACCAGGGUACACACCAUGGUCAGAAACUGUAUACAGACGGGGCACGUAGGAAACAAUUACAAUUUACUGCAUACCUUCAUCAGCACCAGAAGCAGCAUGUUGGACAGAAACACUUCAGAAGCAAUGGGGGCAGAGACAUGUUUUUGAGCAGCUGCACAUUUGAAGUAUCUGGGAAGCCCUUCACUUGCAAGGAGGUUGGGAAGGAUUUCCUGGCGAGAUCGAGAUUUCUUCAGCAACAGGCUGCUCACACCAGAAAGAAGUCAAACAGAACCAAGAGUGCAGUGGCCUUUCACAGUGUGAGAAAUCAUUACAACUGGGGAGAAUGUGUGAAAGCUUUCAGCUACAAACAUGUACGUGUUCAGCACCAGGGAGACCACCUCAUUAGGGAAAGAUCUUACAUGUGCAGUGAAUGUGGGAAAUCUUUUAGCACAAGCUGUAGCCUCAGUGAUCAUUUGAGAGUUCACACUUCAGAAAAGCCUUAUACAUGUGGGGAAUGUGGGAAAUCCUAUAGGCAAAGCUCUAGCCUUAUUACACACCGAAGAAUUCACACUGGAGUAAGACCUCAUCAAUGUGAUGAAUGUGGAAAAUUAUUUAACAGGAAGUAUGACCUUCUUAUACAUCAGAGAGUUCAUACUGGAGAAAGGCCUUACAAGUGCAGUGAAUGUGGGAAAUCCUUUAGCCAUAGCUCUAGCCUCAUUACACACCAGAGAAUUCAUACUGGAAUGAGGCCUUAUGAGUGCAGUGAAUGUGGGAAAUCCUUUAUCCAUAGUUCUAGCCUUAUUACACACCAGAGAGUUCACACUGGUACAAGGCCUUAUAUGUGCAGUGAAUGUGGGAAAUCUUUUAGCCAGAGCUGUCACCUUAUUAAACACCGGAGACUUCACAUUGGAGAAGGGCCUUAUGAGUGUAGUGAAUGUGGGAAAUUGUUUACUUACAGAUCUCGUUUCUUCCAACACCAGAGAGUUCAUACUGGAGUAAGAUCUCAUGAAUGUCAUGAAUGUGGAAAAUUAUUUAGCAGGAAAUUUGACCUCAUUGUACAUGAGAGAGUUCACACAGGAGAAAGGCCAUAUGAGUGCAGUGAAUGUGGAAAAUCCUUUACCUGUAAAUCCUACCUCAUUUCACACUGGAAAGUUCAUACUGGAGCAAGGCCUUAUGAAUGUGGGGAAUGUGGGAAGUCAUUUACCCAUAGCUCUACACUCCUUCAACACCAGAGAGUUCACACUGGAGAAAGGCCUUAUGAGUGCAAUGAAUGUGGGAAGUUUUUUAGCCAGAGCUCCAGCCUCAUUAGACAUAGGAGAAGUCACACCGGAGAAAGGCCUUAUGAGUGCAGUGAAUGUUGGAAAUCCUUUAGUAACCACUCUAGCCUCGUUAAACACCGAAGAGUUCAUACUGGAGAAAGGCCUUAUGAAUGCAGUGAAUGUGGAAAAUCCUUUAGCCAGAGCUCUAACCUCACUAAUCACCAGCGAAUUCACAGUGGGGAAAGGCCUUAUGAGUGUAGUGACUGUGGAAAAUUUUUUACCUUCAACUCCAACCUCCUAAAACAUCAGAAUGUUCACAAGGGAUAAAGGUUAGGUAACACACAUAGGGCUGUUAUGGACUGAGAAGUGUCCCUGCAAAAUUCAUAGACAUAAAUAAAUAAAUAAAUACGUAUUUUCAAUAA